AGUUCUGGGCUAAUAGUCCGGGGACCAUGUCUUCCGGGGUACCUCCAGUCUCAGACCAUUAAGUCUGGUCUUUGAAAAAGGAAAUAUUUUUAUUGCCUUGGUUUGGCUUAUUUUUUUCUCUUUAACCGUUUUACAGUUGGUCAAAUUAUGUUUUAGCAUGCAAAAAAAAAUUAAAUGUUAGGCUUUUCAGCUAUGUAUAGUACUUAAAACAUAUGCAAAGUCAGAACAUUCAUCAUCCCAUGCUUUAACACAAAUGCUAAGAUUAGGGUUUCCUGUAUAAAACCCUAUGGGGCAGUGCUGCUGUGUCAUGGAGGGUUGCUGUGAGUCAAAAUUGACUCAUUGGCAACGGGUUUGGGUAUACAAAUGGUAGCACAUCAGAUUAGCAUUCAGGUGUGGUUGGGCACUGUCAUAAAAAUUGAGAUUUGAGUCUCUCAAAACAGAAACCUAUGUGGAGCGUAACGUAAGUGUAAGUAUACCUUGGCAAUGAAUUUUUAGUGUCCUACCAAAGGUAUAAUUUGAUCCAUCAAAAAGGAAAGAUAAAAGGCUAAAGAAGGUUAGAAAUGUUAUAUGAAGAUUUUUCUUUUUUUUUUUUUUACCCUAGAAGUAAUUUUAAUAAAAAUCUCCUAAAUGAUACAUAGUAACUUCUAAAUUAAUCCCCAGUCUAAUAGAAUUCAGCAUUCCUGAUACUUGAUAUUUAAAAUAGUGCUUGAGCCAACCUUGUAUAAUGAACAAAAGUUCUAAUGGACAAAGUUGAUUGGCUAAUGAGGACAAAUGUAAAUGUACAUAUUAUUAUGUUACCUGAAAUGACUAUUUCAUGAGAAAGGUAAAUUAUUAGUUUACCUCACUUUUUUAUGCUUAGGAACCAAAGUCACAAAUACUUAAAUAUUUUAAAUUUUGAACUAUUUCUUGAAUUGUGAAAAUCACCUGAUUGAGUUGGUGAUUAGAUUGCAUUUGUCAUUCUGGUAGUAACUACAUGUUUAAAAAAAAAUUGCUUGAAGUGCCAAAGAAAUGAAAGAAACUAUGCCCAUAGUUAAUGAAAAUGUUUAAAUAACUAUGACAUGAUGUAGAGUAUUUGAAAUAAGUAAUUUUGAAUGUAAAUCUUCUUUCAAGUUUAGUUUAUUUUGUGCAGAAUUGUUUCUUGAUUAUUUAGAAAUUUGGGCUAUGAACAACCGAUUAAUGUACUUUUUCUCCUCAUUCAUGGAGAGGCUUAAGGGGAAAAAUUGAGGAUAUCUCCAUCUUCUCCCUUAAUGAGAGACGUGUGAUAUAAUGGAAAGUAUAACUGAUUCAGCAAUCAGGAGACCCAGGUUCUAAUUUAAAUUAGCCCUAUCUGUAAUCUUGACAUUUUAUUCUCUAGACUUUAGUCUCCUAAUUUGUAUAAGGAAUUUGGAAUUUCCAAUCUCUUACAUCCCUUUCAGCUCUUAAAUUGGGUGAAAAAAAAAUUAUAAGGGGUGCCUAAUUCUUUUAUAUGAAUUGGAGUGUAGUCUUUAUAAUUUUUGCAUUGCAAAUCAGGUAUGUUUCUGUGGUGAAACUUGAAGUAAUACAAUACAGGUCAAGGUAUUAUAUCUGACUUUCUUACUGAUUCUUAGACAUUCCAAAAUUGUAAUAAAUAAUAUAAAUUCAGAUGUUAGAAAAUUUACCUUAAUGAGGCAGUUAAAGUAUGAAAUAGUUUUUAAAGAAAAAUUGAUAUAGAAGCUGCAAUAAAAGCAUUAUUUACAUUUUUUGUAAUAGCUAUUAAAUAUAUUUAAAGUUUAAAGUAUAUUUAUCUAACAUUUGUAGUUGACCAUUAGGAUUAUAAAUGAGCGGAUUUAUAUUUUGCAUGCCUAAUAUAAUCUAUUCAAUUUCUUUUAAGAAGUUUCUACAAAUUCAAAGAUAAAUACCCUCAUUUUAUCAACUACCUUCCCCUUCCAGAUUGAGUGGUUCAGUGCAAACUUUUAUUUUAAUUUUCCAGUUUGAUAUGAUUUUUGAAUGAAGUAACUUUUACAAUUUAAAUUCCAAUACAAUUUGAACCUCUUAUUACAAAUAAAAAGGAUACGUAUAUGAUUUAGUUGCAUAGAUAACAUUCAAGUGGUAUGUUUUCUACAAUAAUUUGAUAAAGUUUUGGUUUACACAUUGUGUAAAGCUCAGUAGGUCUGUGUUUUGGAAAACAUUCCUUUUUCCUUUUGAAACUAAGCCAUUUGUUUGAGAUUGAGUAUUUCUCAAAGAAACAAUUACAUCUUUUAAUAUUUAUGAAAUAGUAAUUAUUUUAGAAUGUCAAGCUAGUUAUAUUUCGUAUAAUUUUAAUGGUUUGUCUUAGGAAUGUAGCCAAGGUUUCUUGUUAAUGUUAAUGACUUUUUCAAGACCUUAUUUUUGUAGAUUUAUAUUUCAUAGUACUCUCAGAUUUUAUUUUUAAUAAAAGUAUUGUUUUAAGGAUUUUAAAAGGUGACAAAACCAAGUACUCUUAAAAGCACAAAUAGGCUAAUAAUGAUGAUACAAGAAUUGAUUAAAGUGCUCCUUGCUUUUUAUUAUAAAUGGACCAGCAACAAAAAUGGUUGUUAGUAUUAUACGUACAAUUUAAUGUUAAAUAAGUCAGAAAACAGAUACUUCUGCAAAAGAUUAGUAUAGGUAGGAAUAUGAGCAAAAUACCCGUUUUUGUCAACAGUUUAAGCUGAAAAUCAAUCCCCUUCCUACACCCACCUUGCAGUGAAGCCAAAGUACUAUUUUAAACUUUGUCACCUUUUGGGAAGGAGAUGCUAUGAAAUGACAGAUGAUAUUGGAGUCAGUAAUUUUUGUGGUGGUGCGAAGUGAGAUUCAAGUCCUUUUCCUGUUUCUGAUGGAGUCAGAACCCAGAGGCACAUACAUAACUACUGCUACCAAAAACCAAACUAGUUACCGUCAAGUGGAUUCUGAUUUGUGAUGACUUCAUGUAUGUCAUGUCAGUGGAGAACUGCACCCCAUAGAGGUCUUUCAAAAGCAGAUCUCCAGGCCUUUCUUCCCAGGCGCCUCUAGGUGGAUUUGAACUGAUUGCACCGUAUUAUUAAUAAGUGCCAUAUUGUUAGAUCAGUGUGAGAGAUUUCCCUUAGACAUUUUCUUCAUGAAAAUUUCACGGGUUAAUUCCACACUUUUCUGCUCUUAGUAGUUAAAUGCAUUUAUAUUGCUUGGUUGAUUUAAGAUUUGUCCUUGUUCACAAAAUUCUCUCAUAAGCUCGGAUUAAAUUUGGAAGUGUAAAAAUAAAUAAUGCUAUGUUUCUUUUAAAAUUGUUUGAUUUGUUAACUUGCUGGGAGGAUAUUUUAGCACCUUAUUAUAUCCUUACAGGUAAUUUUGAAGCACAUCUUUGCCAUUUCUUGAUUAUGAUUCAUCAAAAUGACUAAAGACAUUUAGAUAUGGUGAGAUAAUCAGGGAAUUGCUCUAUAGUUUGAAACCCAGUCUAGGAAUAGCAUUUGGGUAGCUUAGUUUUAGUUUAAUAAAUUAUAAACUUAAGCUCUGCUCUUAUUAGCAUUUUAAAAACCUUCAAUUGCUACAUUUUUAUUGAACUUUUAAGCUUUUUUUGGUAAAUCUACAUAUUAUUGUAAUAAUAUACUUGGAAGCAGAGAUUACUGGUAAAAGGAAAGUAUAUACCUGUAUUGAAAUGUAGGAUGUAGGAAAUACUACUUUCUAUGUUUAGUUCAUUGGGGUAUUUAAGUCCAACUAGUGAAAAGUAUGGAUAUAAUGUUUUUCUUAACAUGUUUGUAUUUUAGGAAGGAUUAGAACUGAUUUUUGUUGUUUUAGUUGAAUAGAGCAAUAGAAUUAAUAACUAUAGCGUAUAAGGUUCCUUUCUAGUACCUUAUUUUAGAAAACUUGAUAAAAGUACAAAUAAUGUGAAAUAAUAUGGUAAAAUUAAGGAAUGGGGGAAAAAUGCCUUGCAGGCAGGUAAUGGGAGUUUUCCUUUAGAAGGCUUGAAAGUAGAUUAGAUGAAAGACUACUAGAUGAAAUAGUUGUGAAUUGUUCAGGAGUGAUACACAGUGAUCUUCUCUUUGGACUGUUGUUCAUAAAUACAUAUAUCUCUUGGUCUACCAGUGAAUGGUUAGUAUAAGAUAUUUUGGUGUAAAUCAUGGCAUUUAAUCUAUUUUUGUCUUUUUCUAUGCAUAAAAUUAUAUUCUUUUUGCCCUUUACAGAAAUGUGAAUCCCGAGACUGAGUUCUCUGAAGGACCUAUACAAAGUAGUAGACGUUGGAAGCAUUUAGUAAGUUUAAUUUACAUUUUAAAUAUGUUUUUUAGUUUCAGAUUUGACUGAUGUUCUGAGUAAUUGAGUCAAAAUUGUAAAAAUAUAGCGGGAUUUAGUAAAGAUCAAACACUAUGAAGAUAAAUCAACAUUAGCUUGGUUGUGAAGUUUACUAUUAAAGUUUUGCUUAUUAAUUUACUUUAACCUAUUCUUUUCUGCUUUCUUUAUUUUUAUACUCUGGCAAAGGUGAAAUGCAAAUAAACCCACAUUUGAACAUGCUUCUAACAUUUGAUCCUAGAUCUAGCUGGGUGUUGGCAAACUACUUCCUAUUUUUGUAAAUAAAGUUUUAUUGGAACACAGCCAUGCCCGUUCACCUUAGAUGUUGUCUGUGGCUGCUUUCCCACUACAGUGGCAGAGUUGAGAGGAGUUGUACCCAGUGGCCACAAAGACUUAAAUAUUUACUAUCUGGUCCUUUAAGGAAAGCUUGCCAACCCUUGUCCUAUAUCCACUCCUCUUGUCAACUUUUCCCUACCUUUGUAGAACUCAGAAGCCCUUGUCUUCCCUUUUGAAAAUUGAACAUACUUUUCAUGAAUUUCAAUGUAGUAAUUAAUUAUUUCUUUUAAUUAACUAAUUGUGAAGUUUUCUUAAAUAAAAACCCUAACAAAAAAUCCUUCAGCCUGAUUGAUAUUGGGGCUGGGCUUUGUUAUUAGAAGACUUGGUUACCACUACUGUGGACUAGUUCUUCUAACUUUCAACUUGAGAAAUUGUGGGAAACAGUGGAUGGGAAGGCUGUAUAAAAGAAUUUGGAUGAAUUCUCCAAGAGGAUUUCUUGUUGACAGAACUUCUUAGGUAUGCUAUAGAAUUACAUGUUAGCUGUUUUAUGAGAAUAAUUCUUUUGAAUUAUAUUUGGGAAUCUCAAUUCUAGAGGGUAGUUCUUUGUUUUUUACCACUGCUUCAGCUUCCAUCUGUAAAUGGCUAAUUCCAUCUAUAAAUGGCUAAUAAGGCCAACAAAAUUAGUGAAAUUCUUUUUGUGUUAUUUCAUAGUGGGGGGAGGUGAGGACAGAGGUGAGAACUUUUUUCCUAAUAUAGUACAAUUAUUAGCCUCAUGUCUAAUUGAUUCUGUUUUGAAGAGUUAAUUGCCUUGCACAUAAUGGAUGCUCAAUGAAUACUUUUUGAUUUAUUAUAUAAAUGUAGUUUCUAUUAAAUGCAUUAGAUGUAAAUCUAGUGUUAGGUCUAAUUGAAAAAUAUAGUGAAGUUGAUUAUUAAAACAAGUUUUAAUGUUUUAAAUAUUAAUUUUUAGGUAUGCCUGAAAGCCAAAACUUUGAUUCAGUAAAAAUUAAAGUUGAUAAACUAAAGCUCUCAAUCUCUUAACAUGCACAUGUAGUUAAAUUUUAAACUGAUAAGGACAAUUGGGAUGAUUUGAUUUGUAAAACCUUAAAGAAGAUGAUUUCUUAGUUAUUGUAAUUGACCUUGUUAUGGUGAUUAACAGCUGGCUAGUUGUUUUUAAAUAAUUAUGUAGUUAGUUUUUAUGACCAUCUUACUCAGGAGACCCAGAUUUGUUAAUGCAUAUUUUAUUGAAGAUUCAAGCUGUUUUUGGUAAUAAGGCAAAAUACAUGGAUUUACUUUUUAGGGCUAUCUCCCAUAAAUGUUUUAAAAUUUCAAGACCAAUACAAAGAAGAUGGAAAUCAAGUUAUAAGCACUAAGAGCCUUACUUGCAUGAUGGGAAGGAUGAAUUUAUUCUCUAGAUUGUAGUUUUGUAAUAAGUGAGUUUUAAAAUAAUAUAAAGUUACAUCGAUAUAAUAGUAGCUUUGUUAUAGCCACUCAUUUUAAAAUUUAAGAAUCAUUAAUAAUUCCUUUUUCCUUUGCUCACUCCAAUUCCCCACAUAUUUCUUCGCUAUUAAAAAUGGGACAAACUUGCUGAGAAAUAGAGGCAAUGACCUUGUUUAUUUAGAGGAAUCUUUCUUAAACCCAAUCCAUAGGAUGAAUCGCUUGCAUUUCAACUAACAAUUUUAUAAUGUUCCAGUGUUUUAGAACAAAUUUUCUGAGGUAGAAUUUAAAGACCUCCAUGCUCAAUUUUCUUGUUCUUAACUUGCGGAUGUACAGUUUGGAGUGAUGUUAAGAGGUAGCAGUUACUUAUCAUAUGUUUCCCUACAAGCUUUUAUCAUUGCCUUUGGGAAUUGGUAAUUUAGAACAAGCCAUUUUCAUUAAAAGAGAAGUAUAAACUAGUGAAUAUUACAGUGGAAAAAUUCUCCUAGCCUUCCAAAUUAUGAGCUUGAAGCUUAUAUGUGAAAUACAUAAAUGAUGUAAAUCUGUCUGCUGAUGGAAUCCUAGAUCAAAGCAUCAUCUCUUCAGUAUGCCUACAGUAACUCAGAAGUCAUUAGUGGAGUUUUGACAUCUAAACCCUACCCAGUUAGUUAGGUAUUAGAUACUGGUUUUAUUUUGAUGCAAGACUGAUUUGUUUUCAAACCAGAAAGUGUUGUAUCUUUAAAUAAUUGACCCUAUGUGUUCUUCAGAGAUUUCCUUACUAUUGGAAUGUAAAUUAUCUUGAUUCUGUAAGGGUAGCUUCUAGGUCCUCAAAUACUUUGGUUACUUUCCUCUCUGGUAUAUAGGAAUAAUAGCUAAUACUUGUUGAGGUCUUCCUACACACCAGGCACUGUUGUGAGUACUGUAAAUGUACUAACUCACUUAGUCCUCAGUGCAACCACAAGAGGUAGGUACUACUAGUGUUUACACUGUAUAGAUGAGAAACUAGUAAGGAUUUCAUUUACCAAAAAAACCUCCAGACUCAAAACACGUCUGAUUUGUUUUGUUUUUUAAUAUAACUUUACUUACUUGUGAAUUUAGCUUUUAUAAGACUUUGGAAUUCCAUGACAAUAAACUUGAGUAAACCCCUUACCGUUUCUAUUUUAAGGUGCUUUGAUACUUGACCUUUUAAGUUUCCACCUUUAGCUUUGAAGGAGUGCAGAUUUAUCAUGACUUUUUAAUCUUUCUCUUUUGGCAUUCUUCAUUACUUUUUAAAAAACAUUUCAAGUCUGUGAUGAAUGUAUAUGAUCGCAUAACCAACUUGUUAUAAUAUUUUCUAAUCUAUGUUGUCACAUAAACACACUUUUUUAAACCAAUGCAUUUUAUUGAAUAAUUUUGGAAUGAUUUAAAUAAUGUUAGAUUUUCUUUAAUUUUUUUUAAAACAAAGGUUUAAAAAGAAAAUGCCCUGGAUAAAUUUUACCUCUAGUCUCAUUACUGAAGAUAUAAAGCAUUGAGUUUAUCAUUUAAUGCACCAGUUGAAUAAAUGGCACUUCUAGCUAUUGAAACGUUUGUAGCUUUAUAUCAGUGUAUUUUUAGUGAUGGUGUUCAUCAUAAUAGUAUUUUCAUGACUAACUUCAUUUAGAGAUUAAAGCUUUAAAGCUUUAUUUUAGUUGUGUUUUAACAUAUUGGGGAAAAAUUGUCUUAUAGUCAGCUGUUCGAGAGUAGAAUGAAGGGUUUUUAUUUUUAUGCAUCUAGAAGUGUAAGGCCCUUAAUUUUAAGGAAUGAACAGUUCAAAUGAGAGAUGUUUUACUGAUACGGGGAAUGAACGCGGUAUUCAAUUAGUCUUUUAAGGCUGGGGAGAAAUAGGUGCAUUUACUAAGGAGAAGUACCUUAUUUUUGGUUGUUACUGAUGUGACACUCCUUUCCAGUCAACUUUUUUUGUAUGGGUGGCAGUGUCUCUUCGUUAACCAAAUAGUUUAAGUAGAUUUUUGUAUUGUGAGUAAUAGACAACAUACCUUAAUUAUAGUCUAGAAGACAAGGAAAUUACCUAAUAACCAAAAAUGCCCUUAUAUUUAAUUGCUUCCAAGUCAGUCACCCUGAUUGUAUUUACAUAAAUUUGGUUGGAGAGCUGCAAAAUGUCUAGCGAAGACCAGGGUUUAAAACUUGUUCUUGCAAUUAACAUUUGAUCUUGAUGAAUCAAGAUCAUUUAUUUCAGUAAAAUCACCCAACUUCCCACUUCUCUCUUCAGUUCAAAUUAUUUAAGUAAAGAAUUUUUUUGUGUGUGAAGAUCAUUUGAUAUUUUGCAAUGAGAGUUUUAUUUUAGUUGUAUAUAAUGUGAAAACAUACAGCAUUUUAUGGCAAAUGUUGAAUAAGCUGGGUGGAUGCUUGGCAUUUUUGAUGAUUUUUUUCCUGGUGGCUGCAUAUUUCCUGCAUUCUCAGAUGUACAGUUAAAGAUGAUGGUAUCUAUAUAGGCUAUUUGCAUUAUUUAAGUAAAAUUAAUUAACAUCUGUUGGACUGGAAAACUAUGCUAUGAUCUGCUACUUCUUUUUUUUAUCCUUUAAGAUUCUUUUCUAUAUUUAGUUUUCUUUUAAGAAGCUUGGAGAUUUUCUGCACUGAGAUUUAGAAUUUUCACUGUUGCUGUGAUUUAGCUUCUGAGUUUUGAACUUUGAUUUUUGUUUUUACUUUUCAUAUAGACAAUAUAACAAUGUUAGUGUUAAAUAUUAAAAAUUGUGACUCCUCAUUGCCACUUUUUUAUGGAUACAAAUGUAUCUGUGACAGAACUUUGUUACUUGUAUACAGUCUUCCCUUGAUUCUUAAUAUUGAGAAGUUAUAAGUAAGUCAGACCUUGAGUUCAGUGCAUACAACUUUGAAAUAAUACAAAGUUUCAUAGCCUAAAGCUGCUGCAAAUGUAAAGCUUUGUGCAUGGUAAGGGUAUCUUCAAGGUGGGUGGAUGUUCUCUGUUUGAAGGAAUAAGAAAGAUCACUGGUAUUCCAACAGCAUUUUUUUUUCUUCUAAUUUUUUCAUAAAGCACCCAGUCAGCUUGAAGAGUCAAAUGGACCCUCCCUCUCAGAAACCAAGAUGGCAGUCUACUAUGGGGAAUUGUGAAAAAUGGAUUAAUACAAGAGUGCUGUGAUAAUAUGCAACCAAGACAGGGUUCUUUUAACAUGGAUUCCAUGAAAUGAAGAUAUAGGUUUCUUACCCAACACAAAUGGACAAUGGAUUUGACUUUCUAAAGACUUUUUGUAUUGUUUAAAAGAAGGACGUUUUUGACAUUUGGAGAAGAAAGAUGGCACAUUAACAUAGUUAAUAGUUUGUAUGCCUGGAAGUUUUUGCAAUUUUUGUAUGAGUAUGACCUUAUGGCUUGUUAACCUUUAAUAAAAUUUCUAACACUUUAAACUUUCUCAGUUUGGGCUGUUUUUUUUUUUUUUUUUAAAUCCAUUUCAUUCAGUGUUCACUUAGGGCCUUAAUAACGCUUUGACCUUUACAGUUGCCUAGCAGUAAAGUGUACUGAAUAAAGCUGGUAAAAUGGAAGUGGUGUACUGGAAAAUGUUUUGUCUGUGUCCACAGAGUCAUGAAAAUUUAUUUGUGCUUUGAGAUAGUCAUUUGGCUGAAAUGCUAUUUCAUUUGUGUUUUCUUGAAACACCUUGGCAAAAACAACUUAACCAGUGGGUAAUAAUACAAUCUUCAGUGUGUCAUGAGAUUUUAAUGAACUUUUAAUUCAAAAUACCUUUUGCCCCACAAUUCAGGAUGAGUGAUAACAGUAUUUCUCUCUGAAUUAUUUUGUGUUGAUAGAAAAGGUACCUGUUACCAAUGCUUUUUAAUUUUAUAAAUAAAUGCAUUGCAAUGGAAUAUGUUGAUUUCAAUAUUUAAACUGAUGCCUUCUGUUGUCUUAAUAUUAGGAGAAAAUGUGUUGCAUUUAUAGGCAAGAGUCCUUAGGAUAUUCAUAAAAGGGCUUAAAAUAUUGGUGGUAAUGUUUAUAAAUAUAUUUUAAGUAAAUACGAAAUAGAAUUAUUUUCUUAUAUGUUUCUUACCCUGUACAGUUGGAAUUCAGAUUAAAUGAAUGACAUCAUACGACAGAUAAUUUGUUUUAAUUUCAAAUGCCAGAUGAAUACCAGGUUUAGUUUAUUGCUCAUCUUUUAUCAGUUUCAAUAACUAUUGUAAAGAUGGUAGCCUUUAUUUGGAUAGACCAAAUGAAAGGUUGAUUAUAUUUUUGUAUUAUACAGAGACCAAGGUAUAUAAUUAAACCUAUAUUUUUUUGUCAGAAAUAUUUAAUCAUACUGUGUUUGUGAUUAAUGUCAAAUACCAUAGCAUACAUAUCCAUGAUCAAUACAUGUGCAGUAUUUGUUCUCAAUGACUAAGUUGAACGGUUUGGUCUUUGUAUACAUUCAAAAGUGGAAUUUUGGAUUUUGAUUUUGGAACAAAAGUUAUCUUUAGAGCGUACAGAAUUGAGUUGGAGGUUUGAUUAUGGAUUUUAUAUUUACCUCGGUUCAACCUGGUUGCUUUUGUUGGGUUUAAUCUAAAAUGGAGUUCUUCGGUGAGGGAAGGACCAUACUAUGGCAGAUUGUAUGUUGAGUAAGAAAGAUGGAUUGGAUUUUUUGGGGGUGUGUGUGUUUACUUGUUUGGAGUAUUUGUUGAAAGAAAGGGUAUUGAAUACUUGCUUUUGGUAUAAGUAAUAAUUUUGUUUCCAUAGAUUUCAUGGUUUUAAGUAGAAUUUGCUUCGUGAUAUUUAUUUGAUAACUUGCCACCUGAUAUGAGCUAUUUACCAUUGUUGAAAUGGAUGUAUACUUCGAGUUGAAAUCUGAGAUUUGAGGGAAAGUUUGGGAUGUGUGUGUUGGUUUUGGGGUUGAGUUUCUUCGGUUUGUGAUUUAAAGGUGACCAUGGUAGGUCCCUAUUCUUGAAUUUGAAGAACUUGGUUUUGCCUAAAUCAGUGUGGAAAGUAAAUAUAUUGUGGUUAUGAGAAUUUUCUUGAUCAAGUUUCCAAGGUUAUAUAAUGGGUUAAAUAAUUUUGUGGAAAGAGAAAGAAAAAUGGUGAGAUUCUUGGAAUAAAAACUGAUUGCAUUAAUUUUUGCUCUAAUACAUCUGAACACUAGGGAGGCGCUCUUGAGUUGUAAAAGUUACCCCUUUCUUCCAGUUGGGAUGGAAAAUUCCUUCCUAAAUUUUGUCUUUAUUUGGUUUUUAUACAUCAUAAAGACUGCAAGCCUUCAAUUUAAUUUAUGAAAUUGAGGUUUUGCUUUUAUUUAGAAACCAUUUUACCCAUGGGGGGGUAAUUUUUAAAAAGAUUAGUACUUAAGCUAAGCUUUAGGUUCUCUAAGAAUUAUCCCUUUUUCAAAAUGGCUUGAUAAAACACCACUUCCUGUCCAGAAAGGAAGUUAUUUUAGCUCAAGGACUGAAAUAUUUAGCAGAUCUUUAAACAAAAGGAACAAAUUACAUUUCUCUCUGGCUUAGAAAGGGUGUUUAAGCCAGAGGGGGUUAAGAAGCCCUCCCCCUCCCCCUGAUGGGGUGGUCUGGAGGGGCAAGGAGGUGUGGGGGUGGGGGUCCUUAGGCUCCCUGGGAUGGAGUAUCUUUUUUUUUUUUGGUGGAGAUGAAGGGGUGGGUCUAUGGUACAUCACCUGAGUUGUGGGGUAAAUGUAGAGAGUGUCAAUCAAAGGCAGAGCUCUCAGAGCUGGGAAGGAGGCUCUAGAUGGCGGCUGUGCCUUAGAGAGAGCGCGCUCUGCUCGCUGCCUUCGCCUCACUUUACGCAACUUUCCCUAACUUUACGGCAGCCUCAGGGGGCCCCCGCAGCCCCCUGCCUCUCCUAGUGACUUACUGGGGUCGAUUCUGACCUUUUUUAGGGAGAAAAGCAGCUUUUAGGAGCUUUCUUUUCGUGCCUUGUUGGAAAGAAGCAGCCGUACUGAGAGCCCAGGUCGUUGUUUUUUCCAGCUUAGAAGCCAUGGCGCACCUCCAUUUUUGUGCGCUCUCCUAAUGAGGUUUUUUUUCUUCCGGACCCGUUUUAGUAUUAAUUUUUGCGUGGUUUUUUUUUGACCUGUUAACAUAUUUGACUACUAUUUUAUUUAUUUUUCGUUUUUUAUCGAGGAUUUUGCCUUUAUUUUUAAUUAUUUGGGAUCAGAUAUUUUUCUACUAGAUAGGACUCUCGCAUUGGACCUACUACAUGGAUCAGUAAAUACCUGGGCACAGGACUUCAAAGCAAACAGAUUCCCCCUCCCCCUUAAUAUUUAAGAAUUAAAAGAUGAUGAGAAAUAAGGACAAAAGCCAAGAGGAGGACAGUUCGCUACACAGCAAUGUAUCGAGUCAUUCAGCCUCUGAAGAAGCAUCGGGUUCAGAGUCAGGCAGCCAGUCGGAAAGUGAGCAAGGCAGUGAUCCCGGAAGCGGACAUGGCAGCGAGUCGAAUAGCAGUUCUGAGUCUUCAGAGAGUCUGUCGGAAUCUGAGAGUGAGUCGGCAGGUUCCAAAUCCCAGCCAGUCCUUCCAGAAGCUAAAGAGAAGCCAGCCUCUAAGAAGGAACGGAUAGCUGAUGUGAAGAAGAUGUGGGAAGAAUAUCCUGAUGUUUAUGGAGUUAGGCGGUCAAACCGAAGCAGACAAGAACCAUCACGUUUUAACAUUAAGGAAGAGGCAAGUAGCGGGUCUGAGAGUGGGAGCCCAAAAAGAAGAGGCCAGAGGCAGCUGAAAAAACAAGAAAAAUGGAAACGGGAGCCCUCAGAAGAUGAACGGGAUCAAGGCACCAGUGCAGAGAGUGAACCAGAGCAAAAAAAAGUGAAAGCCCGAAGACCCAUUCCCAGAAGAACAGUGCCCAAACCUUGUGUUAAGAAGCAGCCUAAGCCUCAGCGUGGAAAAAGGAGAAAACAAGACUCUUCCGAUGAUGAGGAUGAAGAUGAUGAAGCCCCCAAGAGGCAAACUCGUCGCCGAGCAGCUAAAAACGUUAGGCCGAAUCCUUUUGCAGCAACUGGAGCUUCUACUACUGUCUAUGCAGUUGAAGCUAAUGGAGACCCUAGUGGUGACUUUGACACUGAAAAGGAUGAAGGUGAAGUCCAGUACCUCAUCAAGUGGAAGGGUUGGUCGUAUAUCCACAGCACGUGGGAGAGUGAAGAAUCCUUACAGCAGCAGAAAGUGAAGGGCCUGAAAAAACUAGAGAACUUCAAGAAGAAAGAGGAUGAAAUCAAACAAUGGUACAUUUUCCAUCAUGGAUUAAAACAAUAUGUUUGCAGCCUGAGAGAAGGGAAGGUUUUUAAAUCUGUGAAGACAAGUAAAUCUACAUUGGGUCAAACAGAUUUUCCAGCUCACAGUCGGAAGCCUGCACCUUCCAAUGAACCUGAGUAUCUCUGCAAAUGGAUGGGACUGCCCUACUCAGAGUGCAGCUGGGAAGAUGAAGCCCUGAUUGGGAAGAAAUUCCAGAGCUGUAUCGACAGCUUCCACAGCAGGAACAACUCAAAAACCAUCCCAACAAGAGAAUGCAAGGCCCUGAAGCAGAGGCCACGAUUUGUGGCUUUAAAGAAACAGCCGACCUAUUUAGGAGGGGAGAAUCUGGAGCUCCGAGAUUACCAACUAGAAGGUCUCAACUGGCUUGCUCAUUCUUGGUGCAAAAGUAACAGUGUAAUCCUUGCUGAUGAAAUGGGCCUGGGAAAGACCAUCCAGACCAUAUCAUUCCUCUCCUACCUGUUCCACCAGCACCAGCUAUAUGGCCCCUUUCUUAUAGUCGUCCCUUUAUCCACCCUCACCUCAUGGCAGAGGGAGUUUGAAGUCUGGGCACCAGAGAUUAACGUAGUGGUUUACAUAGGUGACCUGAUGAGCAGAAAUACGAUACGGGAAUAUGAAUGGAUUCAUUCCCAAACCAAAAGGCUGAAGUUCAAUGCUCUUAUAACAACCUAUGAAAUUCUCCUAAAAGAUAAGACUGUGCUGGGCAGUAUUAACUGGGCCUUUCUGGGAGUGGAUGAAGCCCAUCGGUUGAAGAAUGAUGACUCUUUGUUGUAUAAAACUCUGAUUGAUUUCAAGUCCAACCAUAGGCUCCUGAUUACGGGGACCCCUCUUCAGAAUUCCCUCAAAGAGCUCUGGUCCUUGCUGCACUUUAUUAUGCCGGAGAAGUUUGAGUUCUGGGAGGAUUUUGAAGAAGACCAUGGGAAAGGGAGAGAGAAUGGAUACCAGAGUCUUCAUAAGGUGCUAGAGCCUUUCCUUCUCCGGAGAGUCAAAAAAGAUGUGGAGAAAUCCCUUCCUGCCAAAGUGGAACAGAUUCUCAGGGUGGAAAUGUCAGCUCUUCAGAAACAGUAUUACAAGUGGAUUCUGACCAGGAAUUACAAGGCUCUUGCCAAAGGAACAAGAGGCAGCACAUCUGGUUUCCUUAAUAUUGUGAUGGAGCUGAAAAAAUGCUGCAACCACUGCUAUCUGAUUAAACCCCCUGAAGAAAAUGAAAGGGAAAAUGGACAGGAGAUUCUUCUGUCCCUGAUCAGGAGCAGUGGGAAGCUGAUUCUGUUAGAUAAACUGUUGACAAGACUUCGAGAAAGGGGGAACAGAGUCCUUAUCUUCUCCCAGAUGGUUAGAAUGUUGGAUAUCUUGGCUGAAUACCUGACUAUUAAGCACUAUCCUUUCCAGCGUCUGGAUGGUUCCAUCAAGGGAGAAAUCCGAAAACAGGCGCUGGAUCACUUCAAUGCAGAUGGGUCUGAGGACUUCUGUUUCCUGCUCUCGACAAGGGCUGGUGGCCUGGGAAUCAAUUUGGCUUCAGCGGACACAGUCGUCAUCUUUGACUCUGAUUGGAACCCCCAGAACGACUUGCAGGCACAAGCCCGAGCCCAUAGAAUUGGCCAGAAGAAGCAGGUAAAUAUUUACCGCUUGGUUACAAAGGGAACCGUGGAGGAGGAGAUCAUAGAACGAGCCAAAAAGAAGAUGGUAUUGGACCAUCUGGUGAUUCAGCGCAUGGAUACCACUGGCCGGACGGUCCUGGAAAACAACUCGGGAAGGUCCAACUCAAAUCCUUUUAAUAAAGAAGAGCUGACAGCAAUUUUGAAAUUUGGAGCAGAGGAUCUCUUCAAAGAACUUGAAGGGGAGGAAUCAGAGCCUCAGGAAAUGGAUAUAGAUGAAAUUUUGCGCUUGGCAGAAACCAGAGAGAAUGAAGUAUCAACAAGUGCAACAGAUGAGCUUCUCUCACAGUUUAAGGUUGCCAACUUUGCAACAAUGGAAGAUGAGGAAGAGCUGGAAGAGCGUCCUCACAAGGAGUGGGAUGAGAUAAUUCCAGAAGAGCAAAGGAAGAAAGUAGAGGAGGAGGAGCGGCAGAAGGAGCUGGAAGAAAUUUAUAUGCUGCCUCGAAUUAGGAGUUCCACGAAAAAGGCUCAGACAAAUGACAGUGACUCUGAUACUGAGUCUAAGAGGCAGGCCCAGAGAUCCUCUGCCUCUGAAAGCGAGACGGAUGACUCCGAUGAUGAUAAGAAGCCAAAGCGCAGAGGCCGCCCCCGAAGCGUGCGGAAGGACCUUGUGGAGGGAUUUACUGAUGCAGAGAUCCGAAGGUUCAUCAAGGCUUAUAAGAAGUUUGGUCUCCCUCUUGAACGGCUGGAGUGCAUAGCACGGGAUGCUGAGUUGGUAGAUAAGUCUGUGGCAGAUCUGAAGCGCCUGGGUGAACUAAUUCACAACAGCUGUGCAUCAGCAAUGCAGGAAUACGAAGAACAGCUGAAAGAAAAUGCCAGCGAGGGGAAAGGACCAGGGAAAAGGAGAGGCCCAACAAUCAAGAUCUCUGGGGUUCAGGUUAACGUGAAAUCUAUUAUCCAACAUGAAGAAGAGUUUGAGAUGCUGCAUAAAUCUAUCCCUGUGGACCCUGAAGAAAAAAAAAAGUACUGUUUAAGCUGUCGUGUCAAAGCUGCACAUUUUGACGUAGAGUGGGGAGUGGAGGAUGAUUCUCGCCUGUUGCUGGGAAUUUACGAACAUGGCUAUGGAAACUGGGAGCUAAUUAAAACUGAUCCGGAGCUGAAAUUAACUGACAAAAUUCUGCCCGUGGAGAGUGAUAAAAAGCCUCAGGGAAAGCAGCUGCAGACCCGAGCGGACUACUUGCUGAAGUUACUCAGGAAGGGUCUGGAGAAGAAGGGGGUCGUGAAAGGCGGGGAAGAGGCCAAAUUAAAGAAGCGGAAACCUCGAGUAAAGAAAGAGAACAAAGCGCCCAGGCUGAAAGAUGAGCAUGGAAUUGAGUUUUCAUCUCCUAGACACUCAGAUAAUCCAUCAGAGGAGGGGGAAGUAAAGGAUGAUGGCUUAGAAAAAAGCCCAAUGAAGAAGAAACAGAAGAAAAAAGAGAACAAGGAGAACAAAGAGAAACAAAUGAGUUUGAGGAAAGACAAAGACGGGGACAAAGAAAGGAAGAAGUCGAAAGAGAAGAAGGAGAAGCCUAAAGGUGGUGAUGCCAAAUCUUCGAGUAAAUCAAAGCGAUCUCAGGGUCCUGUCCAUAUUACAGCAGGAAGUGAACCUGUCCCCAUUGGAGAGGAUGAGGAUGAUGAUCUGGAUCAGGAGACGUUCAGCAUAUGUAAGGAGAGGAUGAGGCCUGUGAAAAAGGCACUGAAACAGCUGGACAAACCCGACAAGGGACUCAAUGUGCAGGAACAGCUGGAGCACACCCGGAACUGCCUGCUGAAAAUCGGAGACCGGAUAGCUGAGUGCCUUAAAGCCUACUCAGACCAGGAGCACAUCAAACUGUGGAGGAGGAACCUAUGGAUUUUUGUUUCCAAGUUUACAGAAUUUGAUGCUCGAAAACUGCAUAAGUUAUACAAGAUGGCUCAUAAGAAAAGAUCUCAAGAGGAGGAGGUAAAAUACAGAUUUAAUCCCAGGGAUCUCUGUUUCAGGCACCAUCAUGACUCCAAACGACGGAGAUCCGAUGAAUUUAGGCCUCAAAAUUACCACCAGCAGGAUUUCAGACGAAUGUCUGAUCACCGCCCACCUAUGGGCUACCAUGGCCAGGGACCUUCAGACCAUUACCGCUCUUUCCACACAGACAAAUUGGGGGAAUAUAAACAGCCCCUGCCCCCAUUGCACCCUGCAGUCUCAGAUCCUCGCUCUCCCCCAUCUCAGAAGUCUCCUCAUGACUCCAAGUCGCCCCUGGAUCAUAGGUCUCCUUUGGAGAGAUCACUAGAACAGAAAAACAACCCAGAUUAUAACUGGAAUGUUCGGAAAACAUAGAGGAUAGCUUGGAAAGGGAAGAGCAAGAGUCAUCAAGCACCUGGAUAUUUGUGGUCUGAUCAACAGUAGCCAGUUAUCUUGACCAGUGACUGGAGUUUCUGGACAUGCUGCUGCUGGCAACUCACUGGCUGAAGGAGCACUUCAAGGAGUGGGGGGCUUUUGUCUGGUCCAGAUUGGAUUUGGGUCCCCAUUCCUGCACUUUGGCACCCCAUCCCAUUCCAGCCUAGUUCUGGCCUCCCACUUUGACAGGUGCUAGGAAGAAGAGGUGACUUUGUGUGUACCAGCUUUAUGGGGCGGUAGUUCCCCAGUGAAGGAAGAAGGGAUCCUAGAGAUACGAAUGUUUUAUUGCCGGGGCAGUGUUCCCUGGACCCUGGCAUGAUGGUCAGGGAGGGAAUGAGUGCAUGAGCGAAGGCUGCCAGGACCUGCUGGGCAGUGUGCGAUUUGAUUCACUAGUAUAUGAUUAUUGCUGCUGAGGGGGAGCGGGGUGUGGGCAAGUGGUUGGGUUCCUGGGUUAUAGGACUUGAAGGGGAGCUGGUACGCCCCUUAAAUGUGUUCUUGGGAGAAAUACACUCGGGCCUCAUUCUGUGGAAUCCUAGGGGGGAACGGCAUAAAGAGAGAGGGAAAUAUCGUCCACAGUGGUCUCUUCCCUCCCAACACUAAUUUUUUCCACACCGUCUUUGUACGUUUCGAAGAUUGGCCUCCUGAGUGGGCCUCCUUUUUCCCCUAUGCCAGGGAAAGUAGGGUCCCUCUGGCUGACUUUUGAGUACUGUGAGUUAGGCAUCGUCGAGGUCAGCAUGGGUCUUACUUGGUUGAGGAACGGGCAGAAUAAGGGUUUGGGGUAGGGGGGGAGGGUAAGGGUUGUGUGGCCAGGGAACUGGAAUCCCUGGUGGAUUUCUGAUUCCUGUGGUGAGAUGUGAAACUCCAGGGCCUGGAGAGGCGGGGUGGGGGGGAGCAGAGGCAGCCCUGCUGACCACCUUGUAGCUGACAAGGAUCGAGAUGGCAGCGCUAGUGCUGACAUGAACAGGUUUUCCAGUGAGAAUGCCAGCAAGUUGGGAAGCUCUCAGUGUUGUGUAGGUCAGCAUUUGUAGCUGCAUUUUAGUUCCCUUUGCACAACUUGAAGAAGUAGAUUAUACAGAAUCACACAUCUCCUGAUAAUCAUAUGGUCAGAUGAAAGUAAGUUAACCUCUGGUGGACAGGUUUCUACUGCUAGGUGAAGGUUAUUAGAAUUGUACUCAGUUUUUUUGAAGAAUAAGAUCAAGUAAAGCAUAAACCCAAGUUAAUUUUUUUCCAGGAUAGGAAGCAUCCAAGGACAGGGUGACUGAGCUAUAGAUAGUAAGAAUCAUACUGGAGUUGAAUUGAGUCCAGACAAGGACGCAAGUUGGUUACAUCAAUUAAGCAGGCAGAAUGGAAUUUUUCUAAGGAACUCCUUUCAGUUUAUGAAGGCUGGGGCCUUCAGUUUUAUUAUUUUAAGUUAUAGCUUUGCCAGUAUUUUUUUUACAGUAUCCAAAGGCCUUUCUAGAUGGAGACAGAAUAACUGGCUUGAAUAUAUGAUGUGCCUGUGUCUUAAAUUUAUGCCUGCCAAGUGUAAGUGUCCAGGUUCAGAGCUGGUGAAAACUCAUCCGUUGGGCAUACACAGGGUUAAACUCCCUGAACUAACUCGUGGGGACUUCAUAACAUCAUUAUCACUUACUUGCUAGUGUUCUGGGCAGCACCGUUCAUGCCUGUAGCAAGAAAUCCCUGAGUUGAAGCACACUAGUGAAGCAGAUGUGGCUUUGAUGGGCUCCUCGCCACAUAAAAUGUAAUGGGGAUGGCCAGGGCAGAGCAUCCAGGUGAAAGCUGGUCCUCCUGGCUUGUGUUGGAGGCUCAGUGGGCCCACCCCCUUCAUAUUUAACUUCUUUGGUACUUGGGGUUGUGCACACAUGCAUAGCCCGAAUGACCACAGAGGAGCCACCUGGGCAAAGCCACCUCACUGAGGACUUGCUGGGAAUGCUCAGUGGGAGGAGGUAGGAGAUUAUGGCUCUGCUUUGGCCACAAAGUAAGUGAUAAGGAAACCACAAAUUGAAUUUUUUGCUGGUAAUAUUGACACUAUCCUGUGCUUGUCCUGUCCAAGUCAAAGAUGAAGGUUAAGUUGGCUCACGAGGUUCUUGACUGAUGGGAGAUGGGGACCCGAGUGCCCUUGCCCUUGCCCUGUGGGAAGUCAGACUGUGCCCUCCUGGGGGUGCGCUCCUGUAGACAGAGAUGGUAGAUGGAGGCUGUGUAUUUCCAAUACUUACCAAGGUUUUUUUUUUUCUCUGAAGCUGUUGAUAGGAGAUGUAAGUUAUGCUCAAAGGUGUCUCAUCAUGAGGAAAAGGAACUUCCUUUUGUUCACAUUCAGGACUUGUGCCAUAUGAUGUAGCAAAAGGCAGUAUCGGCCAGAUCAGUGUUAAAUUGAUUCUAAAAUUACAGUAUCCCCAUCCAGACAUCUGUUUUAGGUGUUGAAGUAUGUUUGAAGAGUGGGUUGGGAGAAAGGAGGCAUUGCCUCAUUCAUUUAAAUCAGUAUGAAAAUUGUAUGCUGAAAUCAAAACCAGAAAUUUGCACAGGUAGAAAUUUUCUCUCACUUGUGGAUGGGAGAAGCUGCCACAAGAAUUUUUGAAGAUGGUAUUCCAUGGAGCCUAGUUUUGCAGGACUUAAUGGUCGGCUAGAAAUAGCAGGGCUUGAGGAAGAGGGGAGCUAACAUCACCUAAACCCUGAACAUAAACAAGGAUUAACAUGAUAUACUGUAGCCCUUAGAAGGGAAAAUGUGAAGCCCCCACUGACCGCAGUAGCCUUGCAGUGACGUGCGGAGCAAACAGCCAGGCCCUCCACGGCUUGGCUGCUCCCCUGGGCUCGCUCUCCCGUUAGCCAUUACCCAAGCCCUUCGACGGGAAACAUGGACGCUUUGCACAGCUGCGGCAGAUGUUUGAGCCUGAUGUCUGACAGUCACAUCAGGAUGUGUGGUGCAAACGUGAUUCAGUUCUGAACUCACACUAUGACACUGCAGCCCUACAGACCAAAACCCACGUGUCAGCGGGAGCAGAGGCCGGCCCAGCACAGCGGCCGCCUGGCAGGCCGAGGGCUACUGGUCAGGCGAGGGGGCCAUGCCAGGGGUCCAGGCUGCUUCCGUCCAUCUGCUCCCCACUCGCCUGGGGACAGAUGGCUUUUCUUUAUUGUAAAAUUGUGGACUUUUAAAACCUGUUGACUAAACAGUAAUUAAUUUAUAUUUGUGAAAAAUGCCACUGUCCUAGUGAUUUCUGAUGUAAAUAAUGUUGUUUAUAUAGUAUGUAUUAAAUUUUCCUACAUUGUAAAACUGCUGUACUUUUGAUUCUUGUAUAUUAAAAAGUGUUACUAAGGAUUUCUAGAAUUGGGCUGACACGUUGCAUUGCAUUUGGUGUGGAGUGUGUGGCGGGAGAUGCCUCAUCUCCCUUCCCUUGGGGUAGCUGGGGCACCCAGGUUUUUGGACAGCUUGUGAAACAGAGCCUUUUUUUUCUUUCAAACUUUAAAAAAUUUUUUUUU